GAUAAGAAAGAUUUUACCGAUGGGAUUGAGAGAAAGGAACAACGCAUUUAAAAAAAAAAAACCUAGUAAAUAAUAAAUUAAUUCGUUGUGUUGGAGUCGCAGUGAACUCAACGCAGACAAAUUGGAAGUCGUCGUCGGCCGGCCGUCUGAUACGGUCAAAAAUGGAUUACCGAUGGACCAAAGGUAGCAGCAGCAGUAGUAAGCAUGAUUCUUCUGGUUCCCGGAGAAACCAAUUCAAAAAGGAUCAGGCAUACGAUGAUGAUGAUUUUCGCUUGCCCAGAAAUCAAAGGCCAACUGAAAACGUUGAUCUGGAUAAUGUUGAACAAGCUUCUCUUGACACACACAUAACUUCUUCUAAUAUUGGUUUUAAACUUCUUCAAAAAAUGGGUUGGAAAGGAAAGGGUCUUGGCAAAAAUGAACAAGGAAUAGUUGAACCAAUAAAAUCUGGGAUUAGAGAUCCAAGACUAGGAGUCGGCAAGCAAGAAGAAGAUGAUUUUUUCACUGCAGAAGAAAAUGUCCAGCGAAAAAAACUCGAUAUUGAGUUGGAGGAGACAGAGGAGAAUGUGAGGAAGCGGGAGGUGUUAGCUGAACGUGAGCAAAAAAUUCAAACCGAGGUGAAAGAAAUUCGGAAGGUGUUCUUUUGUGAGCUCUGCAACAAGCAAUACAAAUUGGCAAUGGAGUUUGAAGCACACUUGAGCUCUUAUGAUCACAAUCACAGGAAGCGUUUCAAAGAAAUGAAGGAAAUGCAUGGCAGCAGUAGCCGGGAUGAUAGGCAAAAGCGAGAACAGCAGCGUCAAGAAAGAGAAUUGGCUAAGUUUGCCCAAAUCGCUGAUGCUCAAAAGCAGCAACGGCUUCAACUGCAACAAGAGUCUGGAUCAGCAGCAGUUUCAGUUUCCUCUGAAUCUAAGACUGCUACUGCACUUACAGAUCAGGAGCAGCGAAAUACUUUGAAGUUUGGGUUUUCUGCUAAAGGCACUGCUUCCAAGAGCACAUUUGGUGUCAAGAAGCAAAAUGUUCCGAAGAAGCAAAAUCUCCCAGUGGCCUCUAUAUUUGGAAACGAUAGCGAUGAAGAGUGAUGCGUAUUUAUUUUUGCAGCUCUUAAUCAGUGUAAUAUCAUAACUCCCGUGGUUUCGGUUUGGUUUGUUAUACGUUGUGUUUGUGUGUUUGUCGCCGUUGUCAAUUUUAAAUGGGUAAAAAGUUUGGGAUUCUUUUUUACUUUGGAGAAUUGAACACAGACCAGAAUUGCCUGCUUAAUGUAUGUGACAUUGUGUAUUGUAAGGAUUGUUUUUAUGUAACAGUGCACAUAGAACCUUAGAAUAAGUUGAGCCAGUCACUGGUAUGGCAAAACUCAAGAACACGUUUGUUUUUAUUUCUCCGUUUGAACAAUAACGUUUAAUUUGUAGACACGUGAUAGUGAUAAAUUGGUAGUGAAGCUAUUUUAGUGGUGUU